AUGUCUUCCUCUUCAAGGGGUGUCCUGUUUGAUGGGGAAGAGUUGUACCAUGUGGAGAACGAAAAGGGGAGAGAGAAAAAUCACGUCCUUCUCGCCCAGUCUCAUCUGAAGCCUCGAAAUUGGACAUGCGGAUAUCCCGAUUCCGAGCGAAAGGAGUCGAUAGGCCUUCGUCAUCAUCUACUCCAUAGGGGGAAAAGGUCCGUGUCGAAAGGAGAGGAAAAGGCAGAUGACAUCAAAGACCCGUGGAAUGCCAAAGAAAAUUCCCGCUUUGUGGAGUUGGUUCUUGUCGUCGAUAAUGCAAUCUACAAGUCUCAUGACGGGAACAGGACACGAAUCAUCGAUCGCUGCAAGAAAAUCGCUAAUAUUGUCAAUGCACUUUAUGCCCCGCUGAAUAUAUUUGUGGCUUUGGUGGGAGUUGUGAUAUGGACAGAACUUGACGAAAUCACCCUCAAGCCCAAUGGAGAUGAAACACUAACAAAUUUCCUCCACUAUCGACGAGAGAGACUGGUCGCUGAGAUCCCCAAUGACAAUGCCCAACUCCUCACGAACAUCCAAUUUGAAGGUGGGGUGGUUGGAAAGGCCCUGAAAGGCCCCAUAUGCACUUUCAAGUUCAGUGGUGGAGUGAACAUGGACCAUAGUCAAACAGUUGGACUUGUUGCCACCACUGUAGCACAUGAAAUGGGUCAUAACUUUGGCAUGGAACAUGAUGAAGAAGAGUGUGAUUGCCCUGAGUCUAGGUGUAUCAUGGCACCUUCAUCCAGCUCAUUGAAGACAACACAUUGGAGCUCAUGCAGCAGAGAGUAUCUUGCUCUGGCCUUUGCUCAUGGAAUGGAAUAUUGCCUCCGGAAUCGCCCAAGGACUAUGAUUGGGCCUGUCUGUGGCAAUGGAUUUGUUGAACCUGGAGAACAAUGUGACUGUGGACUCCCAGAAUUCUGUGAUAAUCGUUGCUGUGAUCCAACUACCUGCAUGCUCACCCGUAACUCCACCUGUGCCACUGGGCAAUGCUGUGAUCUCAAUAUUCUUUGUUUAGCCUGGGUAUUGUUCUUUCCAUUUCCUCAGACUUGUAAACCAAAGAAGGCCUCAACAUCAUGUCGCCCUGCUCUGCACGAAUGUGACUUGCCAGAGUUUUGCACAGGGAACUCAGAAUUCUGUCCGGAAGAUACCCACAAACAAGAUGGGUCCACCUGCCAUGAUGGCAAGGUAGGCCUUCUCCCAGCUUACUGCUAUGCUGGAUCAUGCCGCACACACACAGAUCAAUGUCGAAUGCUCUGGGGUCCAACAGGCCGAUCCUCUGACGACAGAUGUUACAAACGCAACACCAAGGGAGAUCGGCAUGGGAACUGUGGCUAUUUCCACACUAAUGAAACCUUCACUCCUUGUGCAGAAGGGGAUGUGAUGUGUGGUAUGCUGCAUUGUUCUCAUCGCAACGAACGACUGGAAUUUGGUAUGGAAAGUGUUUCCAUUCUCUCACAUACCUUCAUUCAGAGAGAGCGAGGAGUGAUACCCUGUAGAACAGCCAUUGUUGACCUUGGUUUGGACCAAGUUGACCCUGGCCUAACUCCUGAUGGUGCCAAAUGUGGAGAGGGAAAGAUGUGUGUAAAGCAAAAGUGCAGGUUGGUGGAGUCUGUUCAGUCUCCCUCUUGCUCUGGAGGUUGCUUCAACCAUGGAGUGUGCAAUUCCAAGGGGCAUUGCCAUUGUGAUGUGGGCUAUGCACCUCCACAUUGCAUGGAACCUGGUCCUGGUGGAAGUGUUGACAGUGGUCCUGCUAGUGACUCUUCUGGUUUGAGUGGCUUUGUGAUAGCCAUGUACAUCAUCUUCCUGGGAAUUCUACCCAUUGCUUCCAUUUUGGCAUGUCUCAUAUUUUAUGGUCGUCGGGAGAAUAUCAAGAUAUGGUGCCGAAACCCAGCACAGAAGACAGGAACUGGUUCCAAGUUUCCUGGUUUUCCAUCCUUCCCCCGCAAGCCCCAUUCUGCUACCCGCAACUCUGGUCCUCAUGGCUCCCUUGACAUUUCCAGUCCCAUUCUGGAGAGCCCAAGCCACAAUGCUAAGAACUCCUUGCUUCUGCAUGAACCAGCCCUGAAGGGCGAGAUCCUGGCAAAUGGUGAAGUAGACUCCAGCCCUCUUUCCCCAGGUCACUACAGAGGUUUUUCAUUUCAACCACUGCAUGGUAAAGAGCCUGAAAAUCGUCCCACUGCAGUUGUGGCCCCAGUAUCCCACAGUCGGCCCACCAGCCCCAAUGGAUCUGCAGCCAAAUUGAAGCCAGCUCGACCAGCUCCACCUGUUCCUGCAAAAAAUCCUGAUUGUGCAAGUGAAAAUACAACCCAUAAAAUUGCUCACCCUUCAUCCAUUUUGAAAGCAAUUAGUAGUAAUUCUUCUGGAACUUCACCAGCCAAUGAUAGUCAUAGAAAUUCCAAUACCAGAGUCUCCUUUACCCUGAAAGACCAAUGUCGACCAACAAUCAGUGGCCCCAUCCUGAACCAAACUUCAGCCAACCUAUCAGUUGCAAACUUGACUGAAACUCGGCCAGAAGGAGUUUCACAUGUUGCUGGCUCACCAGCUAUUGUAUCCCUGGUGGGUCAUGAAUCAACAGAUGAGAAGCAGAACUUAGUGUCAGAAAGAGUGAAGAGAUUUGAGUCAAAUCCAGUUGUGGAGGUGCCACCAGUGAAGGUGAUCAGAGAUACUGUGAAGAGCAGCAGUGAGACUGGAAGUGUGUCUUCAGAAACUGAUUCUGACAAGACAUCUUCAUCCAUGUCAAAAUGGGCAUCUCGUCUGGUCCCAAACAUCUCACUUGGACGAACACUUUCCUCACGGCUAGCCAAUCAGCAAGAGAAGCCAAAACCUGUAAAGAAACCAGACAAACACAAGUUCAGUACUCUGCCCAGAAACAGCAAGUUCAAGAAUCUUCCAAGGGUGGAUAGGGAAAUUCUUCGUGGUUUGGAGAUCUCAAAUCCCAUACCUCAAAAAGAGAUUGAUGUGCCUGCCUUGACAAUCCCGGUGAAAUCCUUGAUGGGGCAGACACAGCCACAGAGGAACUCUUGGUCACCAACAUCUCCUGAGGCUCCUACAGAUCCAAGCCUUUCUCGUGGUGAGAGUAUGAGAGCUGCUACACUCACUCCAAAACCUCAGAUUCCUCAUUUUGGCUCACUUCGAGGCGCCAAGCGACCAUUGAGUGUUCCCUCAGCCCGACCCACAUCUCCACCUCCACGACCUCCACCAGUUAAGCAGGAGGAGCUUCACUAUAUAAACGAAAAUGCUGCCUCUCAGCCAUUGUCUUUAAUUGAAGAAGAGUGCACAUCCCUAAAUGGGAACAUUUAUGAGAAGAUUGAUGAAGGUAGCCCUGACAAAGAUUUUAAAGGUUCUGCUCCUUCUCACAACUCAUCAGCUGAUGACUUGUUUUCUACCAAUACCAGAACUAAAAGUGAUGAUAAUCUUUCAGCUGGAAGUUCCGAAAGUACUGGUUUGCUGUCAGAAAUCUUAUCAGAGUUGAAGACCAGGAAUGUAGUGCAAACAGGCACAAAGACUGAGGCUGAGAAGUCACUUGGAGGGAUGGACACUCAAUGUAACGGUGAUGGUCACAAUGUAGGGCCCACAUAUUCAAAUGUUGUUUCUACCCCUGUUGCAACUGUUGCAUCAACACUUACAUCCUCCAUCAACACAAUGCAAACUUCAAAGCCAUUAUUUUCCUCCUCUUCCAGUUAUAAGCCCUCCAGACAUGAAGCAUCAGCAUUAUCCACUUUGGGGAACCUAUCUGGGUUAGGGGCUUCUUCAGUGACAAAGCCAAAGUUGGAAACAACUUCAUCACUGACCUCAACUCCAGCUAUGAGUGCAUCCAUUGUCAAACCUGCUUUCUCCUUUCGACCUGUUACUUCUGCUUUCAACUCUUCCAAGGCAAACUUAUCAACUAAGCCUAUGAUGACACCCAUGCUGCCAAGUUCAAGUUCUGGUCUUCUGAAACCAUCAAAAUUGAAUCAUGGCGCAACACCCUCCUUGGUACCUGCAAGUACUCCCUCCUUAAUCUCUACUUCUAUUUCCCCUGCUGCUUCCAGUGUAACCAAAUCCUCAUUGGAAGCAUCUGCAACAUCCCCUUAUACUGUAGCAGCCAAGGAAGCCAUGAGUAAGACUCCUGCCUCUUCAAAAAGCAUGCCCACAACAAGUGUACCAAAGCUCAGUACCUUUAGUUCCAUGUCAUCAUCACCAUCAUCAUCCAUGUCCACAGUAUCAGAUGAAGUCAAACUUGCUACUAAGUCAUUUGCCCCACCCUCUACACAAACAGUCCCUAGUACUGUCAAUAAGUCUGUAACAAUAGCUGAUUCCACUGUGAAAUUUACUACUUUCAAACCCAUUGAUGCUGCAUCAGCUGUGGAUAGUGGGAGAACUGAAGAAGGAGCAGGAUCAAAGCUUGCACUGACCCAAACCAAAAUACCAGCUGUGUCAAAAGUAGUGCCCUCAGGGAAACCAGAGAUCAGCAAAGAAGGAAAGCCCUCAACAUGUACUAAACCUCCAGUUAGUGCUGUGAAACCAUUGUUGGCACGAAGUCGAAUCCCACCACUGAAGGAUGGGAGCAAGGAAAAUGUGAACAUUGCAUUGGAUGUUCUUCAUGGUAAUGUGUCAGGAGACAUAUCAUUGGCCAGUAAUGUUGGAAAGAGCAGUCAUGUGUCCAGCUUGCAGCAGAGGUUUGAGAAAACCUCUAAUUCCAAAAUACCCACUCCAAGUCAAAAGAGCUGAUCAAAUGAUUAGUUAGCUUUGGUGAAAAAGAUGCUAGGUUGUGGGAUUUUAAUUUAUUGAUUCUGACUGCUGGUGGGUUGACUUCAUUCAUAUGAUUAUGUUGUGCAUCUGCCAUCAGACCCAAUGCUGAUAUUGGCAAAUGUAUCAUAGCAUAUGAUUAUUCUCAACUGUUGCUGGCAGUACAGGAUAUUACGUAAUGCUCAUGUGAUUUUAUUGUAUGUGUAUGUGGCAGGUUCUCCCUCCUUCCACCAGAGCUUCUUAGGCUUCCCUUUCCUGCUUUUCAUACCUGCAGACUUUGCUGGAGGCAUGGACAAUCUGCUUUGCACAUAUUAUAUUGUCUUGAAAGGUAUUGUUUUGAGAGAAAUAGUAUGAUGAAUAUGAACAUACUCAUACCAUAUUGCAACCAUUAUAUGAUUAGAAUUCCAGCAAAAUCCCUCUACAGACUUAUUCUGGUGCCUUUGUUAUUAUCAUUGCAGAUGGAAGUACCUGUAUAGUAUUUUCCACUUGAAGAAUAGACUUUUGUCAUCUGUACAGCUAUGGGCAAUGAGAAUUCUUUUCUUGUUGUAAGUUGCAGAUUUUCCAUUUUUUAUGGAGAGAUACACCUCAAAGUAUUUUCAUCAGCUGCAAGAUUUCCUGUCUUCGAUCUCAGGCAUGACAUCAGUCCUUUCUGCAAAUGGAUUAUACUAUCUGUGCUGUGUUAGAUAGAGUGACAAUAACAUCUUGUCAUGAAUGGAAUUCAGGUAUAAAAUGGAGAUGUUUCUCCCUGGAUUAAGAAGGAAGAGUUUUGAGAAGUGUGAUGAGAUGAGUGACAGCUGUGCCUGAAAAGGUCUCAUUUUUAUAAUAAAAUGCUCCUCUUUUUGCAAGGAC